AUCCAACAGUCUCUAAUGGAUUGUCCCUUUAUUUGGGUUAAAGGUCAUAAUUUAGAAGUGGCGGGAACCAUUUCUCACAGGGUUUUAGAGUAGGGUAGAGUUCAUUCGCCCAGUAAACAUGACAUCAGAGAACGUUGUUAUACGUGCGGCCCGUCCAGAGGACUGUGGAGAAAUCCUCCGCAUGAUAAAGGAGUUAGCAGUGUAUGAACAGAUGGCUGAAAAAGCUACCCUGACUGAAGAAUCAUUGCGAGAAGAUGCAUUUGGAGACCAUCCAUACUACAGAGCGCUUGUAGCAGAGACGAGCUCAGGUUUAACAGAGGAGACCAGGCUGAUUGGCUAUGCCAUGUACUACUUCUGCUACUGCCCAUGGUUAGGGAGGGGCAUUUAUCUUGAGGACUUCUAUGUGGAGCCUGCUUACAGAGGUCGAGGCAUUGGGACCUCCAUUAUGAGGGAAGUCGCAAAGAUCGGAGUGAAACACAGGUGUAACAAGAUGCAGUGGGUUUGUCUCAACUGGAACGACGUCGCUAUCGACUUUUACAAGAAACAUGGCAGCAAGGACGUCACUGUGGACGAGAAAUGGCACCUCUUCAGGAUGGACCGAGAGGAAUUAGCAACAUCUGCUUGGAUAUUAGUAAUACUAGGGGAGUGGAAUUCCGGAAGUGGUUUUGGAACUUUAUUUUCGGUAUCAUCAACUCUGACGGCAAAUAUGGCGUCCGAAGAGUUCACCAUUCGCCCUGCCCGUCCUGACGACUGCAAAGACAUGGCGCGUAUAAUAAAGGAGCUAGCAGCGCAUCAGGGAAAGGGCGACAGAGAGACUGUGACAGAAGAAGCGUUGCGAGAAGACGCGUUCAGGGACGACCCUUACUUCAUGGCGCUCGUAGCGGAAGUUCCGAGUACUGCAGGUGGUGAAGCCAGGCUGGUCGGCUAUGCCAUGUACUACUACUGCUACUCUCCAUUCGUGCGCAGAGUCAUGUAUCUGGAAGAUUUCUACGUAGAGCCGUCGUACAGAGGUCGUGGUAUCGGCACAUCUCUCAUGAAGGAAGUAGCAAAGAUCGGCGUGGAAAACCACUGUAACAUGAUGCAGUGGGCUUGCCUGAGUUGGAACGAGAUAGCCGUCAGGUUUUACAAGAGACAUGGCGCUAAGAACAUCACUGAGGAAGGGGACUACCACCUUUUUAGGAUGGACCGACAAGAGUUGGUGGCAUUCACAAACUCAGUGUAAAGGAAAGGAGAGGUGCAUCACAGCACGAAACCGUAUAUUUAAGUAGACUUUCCGAACUACGGAAAGAAAGCUUAAAAGACGGGGAAGUAUUUCAGCAGUGUUUACGAUGUGUCGUAAAAGUCAAUGAAACUAUGGUUUGACCAUUCCGCAACCUUUCAGUAGUCGUUAAGUUGAAUACAUGUUAUACAUGUACUUUGCAUAACCUUUAAGCAUCGUUAUAUAAGUCGUAUAGAUGAAACCGGUAUUACAGAUGUAAACAAAACAUGUACAGACUAUACGUUCACUCACAGUCAAUCAGAGUUGUCUUUAUCAUUUCUUAGCUGUAAGUAAAACUUACAUUUACGAGGAAAUAUUUUUAGAAGCUUUUACAUUAAAUGGGGAGACUUACCCUUUUUUUGUAUAUUUGCUACGGUAGAGAAUAGCGCCACCUUGUGGCCUAACACAUAAUAGCAUAUAUGUAACAUUGACCUUCGUAAGCAACUUCAACUUGCCGUGUCAAAACAGCUCCUGUCACCGUGAGUGUUCUUGUCGGAAAUGAAGGAUGUGUGAAGGAAUCUCAACUAUCUCAAGUGUCUCAAGUGUUUAUUCGCUCCCCUUAAGUGUUGUUCAGUGUGAAACGCCUCAGUGGUCUUGGUUUCAGCGUGUUUGGUACAAAACAACUUGUGCUGAUGACGCAAUGAUAAUACUAUGUUGCAAUGUGUAUCUGAAUGCACUGUGUAUCUGAUGGAACUUUGUUUAACGUUACAUAAGAAUGACAUCCACGAGGGCGUCCAUUUUCGUUUUGUGAAAAUAAAACGGGUCAAUUCUAUUAAUCAUGCAAAGAAAUUGUGAAAUGAGUAAAUAUAUGGCGUGAUUUUAACGGAAAUAUCGGAAAUUAGAUACUGAUAAGUAAAGUUUUCCAAAGCAAAAGAAGAAUAUGUAAAAUAGCAAAGAACAAAAGAAUGUAUUGCUUGGCAAACCAUCUUCAGAAAGGUUACGCAAAUGCAACCCUCCUGACCACUCAAUUUACAAUGACAUGAAUGAACAUUUUUUUCGCACGCUCUUGUCAGUGUUUGGGUACCUAGAGGAUGUCAUCCAUACAACCAAAUCAGUAUGAGCACAAAAAUUAUGACCAUAUGAUUUGAAAAUUAUAAGAAUUAUAUGUGAUAUUUAAUGUGUUUUUGGUUUGUGCCGCGCCCAGUUAUAUGACCACUUCCCAUCAAGCAUUGUUCUAAAGCCAGUGUCCAAUAGUGUCCAAUACUUGUGUCAAGGACGCAUGACGUCAUCUCUGAGUCACGUGAUUGUUUUUUGUGAUCUUCUAUUUGUCAAGUGUUUUUAACGGGUCCUUCAUUUUAUCAUAUCCGGUGUCGCAGUAAGUUUGUGCCCACACACAAACAACAACACAUCUGAGAAGUCACACACUGGUGGUGGAGGGAGUCUUUUGCGUGCUUCAUAAUUUUCAUAUUCGUUUCGAUAUUAUUUCAUACAACCUGAACCUCGUACACAUCGAAAGACCCUGAAAACAUGCAGAUAAGUCAGACGUUCAGCCUGGUUUCCAUGGCAGCACUGCUGUCCGCGUCAUUCUGCCUGAUCGCCAGCGUGCACCACGAGCCGUGGAGUCCCGGGAACGAGGCCUGGGGCCCUGGGGACGUGAUGGACUGUUCCAACCACUUCGUGCUACAGAGGGUCACAGAUACAACACAUGGCAGAUAUUACCAAGACACAGGCCUUGCCGUAAGUGACGUCACUUCCCAGCUGACCGUCCGGACCGUACCACUACCCAAGCCCGUGAGGGUGGAUCCUGUGGGGCGGGGUCACGAGGCUGACGUCACAGGUUUCCAGUAUACCU